UACUUUGCAUAUCAUAAAACGUACCUCAAAGAAACUUGAGAGUUUGACAGAGCCAUUUUCUAUAGAUUGUCAUUAUUGAUUCACUUUCUUACACGACGAUCGAUUGAUAACGGUUGUCAUAGAAACCAUGGAACCUGACAAGCGUUUGCAGAAAGGCACAGAAGGGUCUACCACUUUAAAUGGAAUAGAUGUUCACAAAGAAAUAGAAGAACGACUUGACAGGGCCUUCAACUAUGAAUUGAGACUUUUGAGUGGUAACGCAAACAGAAGUUUAUCGUUGGAGAUUUCACGCAUUCUGAACAUCCCACUGCUGGAUGCCGAUGUUCGACGUUUUUCAGAUGGGGAGAUAUUUGUUUCCAUUAAGGAGAACGUUAGGGGAAAGGACGUGUUCAUCAUUCAGCCAACUUCUCCUCCAGUGAAUGAUAGUCUUAUGGAGCUCCUCAUUAUGAUCGAUACCCUGAAAAGAGCCUCUGCCAAGCGUAUCACUGCUGUGAUUCCUUAUUUCGGAUAUGCGAGACAAGACAGAAAGGCUGCUCCGAGGGUUCCCAUCACAGCUAGGUUAGUAGCAGACUUGAUAUCCACUGCUGGUGCUUCGCGAGUAUUGGGUUUGGAACUUCAUGCUGGUCAAAUUCAAGGGUUUUUCAAUAUUCCAGUUGAUCAACUUUUGGCAGUACCAGCUUUUGUUGAGUUUUUAAGAGAGAAUGACUUUGGAGGCGUACAUGACCCAGUUGUAGUGAGUCCUGAUGCUGGUGGAAUGGAAAGAGCUCGUACUUUAGCAAAGGAAAUUAACGCGUCAUUGGCAAUCAUAGAUAAACGUCGAUCAGCGGCUAAUGUCGCACAUGUUAUGCACAUUAUUGGCGAUGUUUCUGGAAGAGACUGUAUCAUAGUCGAUGAUAUUGUGGAUACUGCAGGUACACUAACGGAAGCUGCCAACGCUUUAAAGGAACACGGUGCAAAGAGAGUUAUCGCUUGUUGUGUUCAUCCAGUAUUAUCUGGUCCAGCAGUCGAAAGAAUUCGUCGUAGUUGUAUUGACUUUCUGAUCGUUACUGACUCCAUCGUGGUUCCGCCCGAAAAACAACUUCCUCAACUCCGAAUUGUUUCUGCAGCAAGACUUUUUGCUGAAGCUAUCUAUCGAAUUCAUCGAGAAGAAUCGGUUUCUACUUUGUUCAACAAUUGAUUGAGGUGACAUUUGGGUUUCUAUCAUAUGCGCAUGUUGGAUAAACUAUGAGUAUUCUGUCUUGUAA